UGCCAUUACACUGACUUUCUACAGCUGUGCACAAGACAUUCGUCUGACGUGUGUGUGUGUGUGCCUACAGAUGUGCCGGCCUGGCUGAAAAGCCUCCGUCUCCACAAGUAUGCGGCUCUCUUCUCCACCAUGACGUACGACGAGAUGAUGUCACUGACCGAACAGCAGCUGGAAUCACAGGUCAGUAGCAACAAGGAAUACCUAAGGAAACAUACUAGGAACGUAACGGCAAUUUUAAGGAAUUGUUACGGUAGUGAAAGUCUGUCUCCUGUUUCUAGUACUGUACUUUUGUUGUCUUCAUCAAAGAGCUGAUAGACAUGAACCGGUAUUUUAAGAGUUGUAACAGGAUGUUAUAAAGGCUUGUUCAUGCUUAUAACAAGUUAUAAAGUAUUAUAAUGGCAGUAAAGUGAUUCAGAAAUGUUUAGUAGAACACGUUGAUUAAUUACCCUUUUCAUGAUGUAUUUAUUUAACUUGUCGUUGGUGUGUGUGUGGUGAAGGAAUGUUGAAAGAGUGAAAUGAUAUUUAUUUUUCUGCAGAAUGUCACCAAAGGGGCGCGCCACAAGAUAGUCAUCAGCAUCCAGAAACUGAAGGAGCGCCAGAACAUGCUGCGCUGCCUAGAGAAGGUCAGUGGUGCAAGCUGUCAACUUCUUAGGUUGAGGAAAUUGUCACGAAGCUUCGACAAUGUCUUGCUAUUCAAGUGAGGCCCAAUCCCAAAUCAACCCCUAAACCCUACUCCCUAUGCACUUGUUGAGAUCUAAGAAAAUGUGAUAGGUGUAAGUAAUAUGGUUAAGUGAGCAAUAUUACCAUAUUGCUUACACCUGUCAAAUCCUCUCAGAUCUGUGACAGUCGGGGUCAAUUUGGGAUUGGGCCUGAGUGACAAAGGCAGACAAUUGGGGUCAGCGUUUCACUUCCUGUCUAAAGGAUCGGUCAACUGAAGUUAGGACAGUCGCUCGUUCUCUUUUUCCUCUCCUCGUCUCCUUCCUUUCGUCUCUGCUGAGUGGAAAAGACUUGACAGGUAAAAACAAUAUGUCUGAAAACCUGACUAGCUGUCUAAUCAUGAGGUAGAGGUCCAAGUGAGAGACCUUGGAUCCUUUCAUUUCGCUUUGAGAGGGAGGGAAGGAAUUGAGAAAACGAGGCUGGAGGAAGCAAAGAUUUGACUGCUAGUAAUAUUUUUAGACAUAGCCACAGUAGCUCAUCAUUUGAUGGUUCGCUCACCUGUCAGUUAUCUUAGAUCAGUACAGAUGAAGAGGACACAGGUAGAGAAAUACUUUUUAGACUAUUGUGAAAGAGGGUCCACUUAUCCAGGAAGAUAACGUUUGGGACUCGGACAAUGGCUGUCAAGGUCACAGCGGGGUGUCUUCUCUUCUUGUGCCAUCUAAUUUCAGGCCCGACCUUUUCACCAGGGGCUCUUGAUUCUAAAAUUUGCUGCCGUGUCACAUUUGUAUGGUUGGGGAGAGAAACAAGACACCUGUUGCUUGGUAUUUUAAGGGCUCGGAUAUGGAUUUGACUACCGGCAGCAGUACGGGACAGGGGAUCAGAGGAUGUGUCCCAAAUGGCACCCUAUUCCCUAUAGUGAACUACUUUUGGCUCUGGUCAAAAGUAGUGGGGCUCUGGUCAAAAGUAGUGCACUAUAUAGGGAAUAGGGUGUCAUUUGGGAUGCAGGCAGACAGGACAGGAGUGAAACAUGCGUGUAUUUUUGGAAUUGCUUUAUUUUUCCUCGUCAUCAUAUGGCUGGUGAGCGUUUCCUCCCUUUCAUGUCCAAAAUAUCCCGCCGCCCGCCUGACAGCCGCUGUUGUAGAAAGGACUCUGACGGAGACUUCUAGAAUGAUCCUCCUCUGAAUAGGGCUAUGAGUAUUUGUAUCCCUUACUGUAACGGUCCGGAACUGUUAAAGAAGUAUAAUAGAUCAUGCUGACUAAUUUCCCUUUUCUCUUCUCUCUGCUAUACCUCCUCCUUCUUUGUUCUCCCUCCUCUCUUUCACCUCAUCUUUACACCUUUGUGACCUCUUGCUCCUCUUCCUUUUCUCUCCCGUUCCUUUAUUCUCUCUUUCUAUCACUUUGUCUCCUCCCCCUUCCUGUUCUCUCUAUCACUUUCUCUUAUUCUCUUCAUUUUUUCUGUCCUCUCCCAGGACGUGUUGGAAGGGAGUAACCUGCGCGCCCCUCUCGCCGAGCUCCACCAGAUGAUCCUGACGCCCAUCAAGGCGGUGGCCAGCGAUGAGUCGUCCCCCUCCUCGCCCGCGCAGCGACCCCUGUUGAGCCAUGAGGGGAAGAGCAGCGCCGCCCCGGGCUCUCACCUGGCCCCCGGAGGAGGGGAAGGGGAGACGGGAACCACCGUCAUCGCGGAGGGGGACAUCCCCGGCCAGUUCACCCGCGUCAUGGGCAAAGGUACAGAGGAUCUAGUCCCAUAGAUUGGGAAGUUAAGUUGUUGUAACGUUGUCAUACACGCAUCACAUUUGUGUGAUAGACUGCACAGAAAGAAACCAAACACCUGGGAUCACCAUGUGGUCACUAUUUAACUCAAAAACCAUUUUCAUAUAUUUUCAUUAGUCCACCAUUGAUAUGGUCCCAAAUAUUAUAAUUUUGCACAUUAGAGCAUCAGAGCUAGCCUAAUAGGAAGCCUGUGUUGACUUUCUGGAAAGGUCUCAUGAUGAUGCAAAACACAACUUCAUAAGGCUUUUUGCGUUUACUUAUUUUUGGGCAUUAGGAGACUGAAAGCGAUAUAACUUGAAAACGGAAUGUUGACAUGCAAACUUUUAUUUGACUAUCAAAAUCGGACUAAAAACAUACUAAAAUAAAGAACUGUAAGACAGCCCUUAGCCAUGGUAUAUUGGCCAUAUACCACACCUCCCUGGGCCUUAAUGCUUAAUUCAAGUAUGUGGGCGUUUUGGUUUCUUGACUUCCAGUAGAUUUCCCUUCCUCUCCAUAACCACCUCAGUGCUAUGUACUGAGCAAACAGUGGACAUUUUGGAAGAAUAUGGAAAUCAGUGUGGCCACGUUUCCCCUUGCUCAAACCCCGUCUGUGUCCUUAAAUCCCCCUGCUUUGGGGAAACUAACUCACCCUCUCUCUCAUCUCUCUUUUUUGGUCCCCUCUUUCCCCCUCCUUUCUUUCUCUCGCUCUCGCUUUCUCUCUCGCUCGCUUUCUCUCGCUCUCUCUAGUUUGCACACAGCUCCUGGUGUCCAGGCCAGAUGAAGAGAACAUCAGCUCCUAUAUGCAGCUCAUUGACAAGUGCCUUCUGCACGAGGUACACACACAGAGAGAGACAAAUGACGAUACUUUUCUUUAUACAGUUCUCCAGAACCUUAUUUAUCUAAUGGGUGAACGUAUCACAUUUGUGUGGUGUGUGUGUUCAUAACCUCACAGUAUUUUAGACAUAUAUUACAUUCUGUAUCAGCUCAAGUGUGAAAGCUGGAUAUUGGAAAAUGUAAAAAAGACAAACAAGUAUACUGAACAAAAAUGUAAUGGUUACACGAGGUCAAAUUCUCUAAAACGAUGUUGGAGGCGACUUAUGGUAGAGAAAUGAACAUUAAAUUCUCUGGCAACAGCUCUGGUGGACAUUCCUGCAGUCAGCAUGCCAAUUGAACGCUCCCUCAAAACUUGAGACAUCUGUGGCAUUGUGAUGUGUGACUACUGCACAUUUUAGAGUGGCCUUUUAUUGUCCCCAGCACAAGGUGUACCUGUGUAAUGAUCAUGCUGUUUAAUCAGCUUCUUGAUGUGCCACACCUGUCAGGUGGAUGGAUAAUUGUGGCAAAGGAGAAAUGAUCACUAACAGGGAUGUAAACAGAUUUGUGCACAACAUUUUAGAGAAAUAAGCUUUCUGAGUGUAUGGAACAUUUCUGGGAUCUUUUAUUUCAGCUCAUGAAACAUGGGACCAACACUUCACAUGUUGCGUUUAUAUUUUUGUUCAGUAUAUUUCCAGUGUAGUGGGGCCAUAAAAAUUAAAUAAACGAACAAAGCUGAACUGCAAAACCCUGAGUUAUGGUCUCUCUCCUACUCUUUGGCCAUGCAACCUCUCCUUUCCCCUCCCCUCUCUUCCCCUUCUCCUCCCUCAGGCGUUCACUGAGACACAGAAGAAGCGGCUGUUGUCAUGGAAACAGCAGGUGCAGAAGCUGUUCCGCUCGUUCCCCAGGAAGACCCUCCUGGACAUGGCGGGCUACCGGGCGCAGAGGAGGUAGAUUAGACCCUACACACACACAGAAAUUGAUACACAUAGACAGAGAGAAAUUAAAUAUAUACACUACUGUUCAAAAGUUUGGGGUCACUUAGAAAUGUCCUUGUUUUCCAUGAAAACAUACAUGAAAUGAGUUUGAAUAGGAAAUAUAGCAAAUUGCAUAGGAAAUGUAGGCAUUAGUCUACAGCAAUUACAGCCUUGCAGACCUUUGGCAUUCUAUUUAUCAAUUUGUUGAGGUAAUCUGAAGAGAUUGGCUUGAUGGGCACUUCUUACGUACCAUACGGUCAAGCUGCUCCCACAACAGCUCAAUAGGGUUGCGAUCCAGUGACUGUGCUGGCCACUCCAUUAUAGACAGAAUACCAGCUGACUGCUUCUUCCCUAAAUAGUUAUUGCAUAGUUUGGAGCUGUGCUUUGGGUCAUUGUCCUGUUGUAGGAGGAAAUUGGCUCCAAUCAAGCGCGGUCCACAGGGUAUGGCAUGGCGUUGCAAAAUGGAGUGAUAGCCUUCCUUCUUGAAGAUCCCUUUUACCCUGUACAAAUAUCCCACUUUACCACCAGCAAAGCACCCCCAGACCAUCACAUUGCCUCCACCAUGCUUGACAGAUGGCAUCAAGCACUCCUCCAGCAUCUUUUCAUUUGGUCUGCGUCUCACAAAUGUUAUUCUUUGUGAUCCAAACACCUCAAACUUUGAUUAGUCUGUCCAUAACAAUUUUUUCCAAUCUUCCUCUGUCCAGUGUCCCAGCUUAAUCUUUUAUUUUUAUUGGCCAGUCAGAGAUAAGGUUUUUUCUUUGCAACUCUGCCUAGAAGCUCAGCAUCCCGGAGAUGCCUCUUCACUGUUGACGUUGAGACUGGUGUUUUGCGGGUACUAUUUAAUGAAGCUGCCAGUUGAGGACCUGUGAGGCGUCUGUUUCUCAAACUAGACACUCUAAUGUAUUUGUCCUCUUGCUCAGUUGUGCACCGGGGCCUCCCACUGCUCUUUCUAUUCUGGUUAGAGACAGUUUGUGCUGUUCUGUGAACGGAAUAGUACACAGUGUUGUACGAGAUCUUCAGUUUCUUGGAAAUUUCUCGCAUGGAAUAGCCUUCAUUUCUCAGAACAAGAAUAGACUGACGAGUUUCAGAAGAAAGUUAUUUGUUUCUGGCCAUUUUGAGCCUGUAAUGGAACCCACAAUUGCUGAUGCUCCAGAUACUCAACUAGUCUCAAGAAGGUCAGUUUUAUUGCUUCUUUAAUCAGCACAACAGUUUUCAGCUGUGCUAACAUAAUUGCAAAAGGGUUUUCUAAUGAUCAAUUAGCCUUUUAAAAUAAUAAACUUGGAUUAGCAAACACAACGUGCCAUUGGAACACAGGACUGAUGGUUGCUGAUAAUGGGCCUCUGUACGCCUAUGUAGAUAUUCCAUUAAAAUCAGCCAUUUCCAGCUACAAUAGCCAUUUACAGCAUUAACAAUGUCUACACGGUAUUUCUGAUCAAUUUGAUGUUAUUUUAAUGGACAAAGAAAUGUCUUUUCUUUCAAAAACAAGGAAAUGUCUAAGUGACCCCAAACUUUUGAAUGGUAGUGUGUGUAUGUGUGUGUGUGUGUGUGUGUAUAUACACACACACACACACACACACACACACACACACACACACACACACAGAGACGUACUAACCUCUCCUCCUCUUGACGCCAUCUGUUCUGUCUCACCCACGUCUGACCUCUUUUCCUCUCUAGCCAUUCUAGCUGUUUGUUUCAGCGUCACUUUUUAUUACCGACACUUAUUAUCACCACCACCAAUUUGUACCCAACGACUUCCUCGGCUAAAUGUUUAAAAGGUCAAAUAAUGUAGCUACAGAGCCUGUUCUUGAGUGGCAACACUCCCCCCGCUCUUGACACAAAUAUGACUCCACUCCCUACGUCCACGGUUUCUCCAACAUGCCCAUCUCCUCAGUCAAUCAAAUGUAUUUUAUAAAGCCCCUUUUUAAACUAGCAGUUGUCACAAAGUGCUUUACCUCCUUUGAUUCCUUUAAAAAAAAAUGAUGAUCCAAGUGCUAUUUCUCUCUCUCUCCCCUUGCAGCAGCAGCAGUAGCCGGGGCUUCGGCCAGUCCAACUCUCUCCCCACGGCGGGCUGCGUGGGGGGCAGCAGUAGCGUGUCGGCCCGCCGGAGCCUGCGCCAGUUCCAGAUGCCCUCACGGAGCCUGCCCGGCGCCAGGCUUGGCCUGCUGGGCACCGCUGGCCUCCUGGGACCCACGCCACGCAGCGCCAGCAGCACCCCGACCGGUCUCAAGCAGGGACGACAGGUGGGGACACUUCUGACUGUAAACUUCUCCUAGGCACUUAGCCACUACCCCUAGCCUAGGCAAUUGAUGUAGAGUUCUUCUUUGGUGACGUUAUAUUGCAGAGUCUCCCUUUUAGGCAAGGACGGCAUAUGGGGAUGCCCCGAUCUAACCUUAUCUUAGCCCCUAACAUCUAGCCUCUACCCACAUCGGCAUCCUCAACGCAAAUAUUUGAUUAAUGUGUAGUGUCUAAAGUCUGAGUUAACCGCACGUAUCCAGAUUUUGGCCAUUCAUUUAGAUUUGAAGGGAUUUUUAAGGUGAUGUUAUAUUGCUGAGUGAGCCUACCUUUUAAUGGGAAGACAUACUAAUCCCUAUCAGCUUCAGUCACAAUUUGGUUCGCUACAGUAGUGGACAAUGGGUAGUGAUACAAAGGGUACCUACCAACAUUAUUGUAUUCUCACUCUCAAGGGGUGCUGUGUAUAUGCCAAUAUACAGUGGGAGUAAGGAAAAUUGAGAAAAACACUACUUGGUCAAGUGUCUGGAUUCUGGAAUCGUCCAACCAUGCAGAGAAAUAGUCAAACUCCUAACAAUACCCUCUUUCAGAUCUGUCCCAAACUAUCCUUCCCUGUGAAUUACAUAGUUGUAAAAACAGUCAUAGAAACAAAUACAACCAUAAGGGGGAAAAUGCAACAGCAGAGGGAAAGAAAGGCAGCGUCAGUGGCGUGUCGGAUGAAGUGGCUGGAACUUGUAGGCGGAUCACGCAUUCCACAGGCCCUACAUCACUAGUGCUCAUUGGAACAGUUCUCCACUCCGCAGCAGGGAUAACCUGGCACUCGCACACGUCUGCUAUGCUCCCACUCGGCAUUUCUCUACGCAUCCUUACAAUGGGAGGAAAUUCCAAACCGCUUCCUCCACAGUCCGCACACUCUCUCUGUCCGACCGUUUUUUGGGACGCGAUCUGGAAUGUGUGUAUUAAAAGAAAGGAGGUAGGAGGGGGAGAGAGAGCGAGAGAGACUGGGGUGAGUCAUUGUUAGGGCGGUGGUGGUGUAGGGGGAGGGGCGACGAGGAGAGGGAGAAAGGGAGGAGAAGGAGAGGGGAGCGAGUGAGGUAGUCAGUGGCAGUGAGAACAGUGCACAGGCAUUUCCUGUUUUUCCCUGGCUCUCUGUAUGGGAGGACCGGGAAAGGGGGAGAUCGAGAUGGACGGGGACAGAGAGAGGGAGUGGGGAGCGAGAGUGGUGAGGGGUGGAGGAGGAGUAGAGGGAGCGAGAAAGAGGGAGAAGGUUGAAUGUAUAAUAGGCAGGUUACAGAGAGGAAUCCGCAUGGCUAAAGUGUCAGUAGUUUGAGGUUAAAUGGGGAGAGAGAAAAAUAGAGGGGAGGAGAGAGAGCGGGAGAACAAGAAAAGGUUGACUUUAUAAUGGCUCAGUAGUUAUAGGCUAGAGAGGAAACAUCUCUGGUGUGCCCUCCCCUAGUUUCUCCACACUUUUAUAAAGCCCCCGCUGGGUGUGCAUUUAGUUAUGUGAUAAAGUCCUAAUUAAUUACAUUUUGAGGAAAUUAAUGUGAGUCCAUUUUGAUCAGAGUAUAACCAAAAUGUACAUUGUUCAUGAUUUGAAAUUGUAAACCAACAGGUCGUACUAUUGGCCUAUAAGUCAUUCUGAAGUAUUGUGAAAUGUCAUUUUGAAAUCUAAAUUAAAUUGCACUUAUUGAGUGAGGUGCUCUCAGUAGUGUGUCUAAGGUAGGGGUCUCAAACUACAAUUUGAGGGGGCCAAGGUGGGGUGUGGAGGGUAUUUCAAGUAUCGCCAACAUUGUGCAGAACUGUAUAUCAUUGUAUUACUUUGGCAUCAUAGGGACAUUAACAUAUUUCCCAGCAUUGUCUGUUAGUGGUUAGAUUUGUUGCAGCCGUUAUUGGAAUUGUGCCAGUUUAGAUGGUCUGUAAUGAUCCAAAUAUAUAUGACCUCUAGCCUCCCAGUGAGCACAAGACAUUGAAAAGUCGUGGUUUCAAUGUCUUUUCAACCAAAAAUACGUAUUUUUCAACCAAGCACAACGUCUUUUAAAUGUCUUCUGCUCAUGCUUCCUGCUCUGCCUUUCGAAAGUUUUUGAAAGCCAAGUUAACAAACAGAUCACCGACCAUUUCAAAUCCCACCGUACCUUCUCCGCUAUGCAAUCCGGUUUCCUAGCUGGUCAUUCAGCCACGCUCAAGGUGCUAAACGAUACUAUAACCGCGAUCAAUAAUAGACAGUACUGUGCAGCCGUCUUCAUCGACCUGGCCAAAGCUUUCAACUCUGUCAACCACCCCAUUCUUAUUGGCAGACUAAAUAGCCUUUGUUUCUCAAAUGACUGCCUCGCCUGGUUCACCAACUACUCAGAUAGAGUUCAGUGUGUCAAAUCGGAGGGCCUGUUGUCUGGACCUAUGGCAGUCUCUAUGGGGGUGCCACAGGAUUCAAUUAUUGGGCCAACUCUUUUCUCCGUGUAUAUCAAUGAUGUCGCUCUUGAAACUCUCCUUCCAGACUCACAUUAAGCAUCUCCAAUCCAAAGUAAAAUCUAGAAUCGGCUUCCUAUUUCGCAACAAAGCCUCCUUCACUCAUGCUGCCAAACAUGCCCUCGUAAAACUGACUAUCCUACCGAUCCUUGACUUCGGUGGUGUCAUUUACAAAAUAGCCUCCAACACUCUACUCAGCAAAUUGGAUGUAGUCUAUCACAGUGCCAUCCGUUUUGUCACCAAAGCCCCAUAUACUACCCACCACUGUGACCUGUACGCUCUUGUUGGCUGGUCCUCACUACAUAUUCGUCGCCAAACCCACUGGCUCCAGGCCAUCUAUAAAUCACUGCUAGGCAAAUCCCCGCCUUAUCUUAGCUCAUUGGUCACCAUAACAACACCCACCCGUAGUAUGCGCUCCAGCAGGUAUAUCUCACUGGUCAUCCCCAAAGCCAACACCUCCUUUGGCCGCCAUUCCUUCCAGUUCUCUGCUGCCAAUGACUGGAACGAAUUGCAAAAAUCUCUGAAGCUAGAGACUCUUAUCUCCCUCACUAACUUUAAGCGUCAGUUGUCAGAGCACCUUACCGAUCACUGCACCUGUACACAGCCCAUCUGUAAUUAGCCCACCCUACUACCUCAUCCCCAUAUUGUUAUUUAUUCUGCUCAUUUGCACCCCAUUAUCUCUAUUUGCACAUUAUCUCUUGCACAUCUAUCAUUCCAGUGUUAAUACUAAUUGUAAUUAUUUUGCACUAUAGCCUAUUUUAUUGCCUUACCUCCAUAACUUGCUACAUUUGAACAUACUGUAUAUAUAUUUUCUGUUGUAUUUUUGACUUUGUUUUGUUUACCCCAUAUGUAACUCUGUGUUGUUUUUAUUGCACUGCUUUGCUUUAUCUUGGCCAGGUCGCAGUUGUACAUGAGAACUUGUUCUCAACUGGCUUACCUGGUUAAAUAAAGGUUAAAUAACAAAUAAAUAAAUAAAUAAAUAGGGCUACCAGUCUGUUGUGGCUGUCUGUGUGACAAUCGGUUUGUCCAACAGGGUUUAUGGUUUGCCAACCCCGGGGGCAGUAAUAGCAUGCCCAGCCGGACCCACAGCUCAGUGCAGAGGACCCGCUCCCUGCCUGUCCACACCACGCCACACACCAUGGUCAUGUUUCAGCAGUCUGGUAAGAAAUCACACACACACACACACUCAGUUACACAAUACAUACACGUGCGCACACACUACUGUACAAGGUAGCCCCUCUCUCUUUCUCGUUUCCUCCCACUCUUCUUCUCUCCUUUUUGCAUUGCCAUCUCUCAAUCUUUAUAAGCACUCAGCAGCCUAGCAUCCUCAGUACUACCUUCCUCUUUGUUAGCCUGGAGACAGAUGCUGUAAUGCCACAGGGCAUCACACACACACUGCUCUCAUCUGUAUACCAAUGCAGCACAACAGCCUUGGGUGAAGAUCCCAUUCAAGUCCAAUGUUCUGCUCUGUGAUGGCUAGAUCCUUUAAUUCUAUUUUUACGCUGUAGCCGCGGGAUAAACUGGACAUCAAUGUGACAGCAGGGAUUUCCUCCUCCGGCCUGUCUUUCAUAGGGAACCAAAGUGUAUCCCCCCCUUUUUUAGAAUGGAGAGGAAGAAGAAGGGAAGGCAGUUUCAGGGGGGAAGAGGGAACGCAGCCGUAUGUGAGGAAGGGAAGGAGGGAAGAGUCAGUGGACUGUUACAAUGAGCCUCUUUGUGCUGGGUGGCUGAGGUGCCCUGGCACCCUUUCCCUGACGCUCUCUCUUUCUCUCUCUCCCUCCUUCGUUCUCUCCCUCCCUUCAACAGCUCUGCAGAGUCAUACACACUGCACAUGCACUCAGGGGUGGCUGGAGUUGGAGCCGGGCCAGAGUAUGUAGCUGCCUGGAAAGCUAGGCCUGGACUCGCCCUCUCUCAAUCUCUGUCUCUCUUGCGCCCCUAUUUCUCACACUGACGCUAGACAGAUGAAAUGAUUGAUUCAAACAGAGACUAUACAGGGAGAAUGAUGGGAUGAAGGAAGGGUGUGUGUGUGUGUGUGUGUGUGUGUGUGUGUGUGGAGGAGGCCUGGAUUUGGGGCCUAAAAAUAGCCAGUGGCCGACUGUUCUGUCUGGCCAGCCAGCGCGACGGCAAGUGCAUAACUCAGCUCUUCUCUCUUUAGCCGCGUUGACGCCGCUAAAGGCAGGAGCAGCUUAAGGCUAGCCGUUAGCCUAGAUAUCCCCCUGUGAUAGCUAGCUAAGGAGCUCACAGCUGAGCUGAGGGGGCUGCUUGGCUAUCAAGUUAGCAACUAGCCCUCUGUCUCAGACAAUUGCUUUAAUGUUGUUGUUUUUUUUUGGGGGGGGUGAGUUUAUGGGUCUCCCUCGUGGCAGAACAGAUGACUUUGAACUUGAGAAGUACACACAGACCUCACACACACGCACCAAAGCACCCCAGUGCGAGUAACCCAAGUGACUGGGUAUUGUAUUGUAUUUAUGGUGUGUAAUGUGGAGACAGUUGGUUAAUUGGCGGUGUAGUGUAAUCAGAUUAAGCACGGCACACACGCCGUCGUUGAACGGAGGUCAUUGUUACGACGCCCGCCCCGCAAGCAAUGGGAUUUGGAGCCCAUGAUAAUUCACUCCUUUGUCUGCUGCGAAUUCAGGGUGGUGAUGUUAGGAAAGGUUAAAGUAUUGUGUAUUAGGAUUGAGACAUUUAGAUGAACUUGAUUUCAAUUAUUAUUCGUGCUCAAUGGGAGUAGUAGACUGUUAUGUGGUAUUUUGUGGUUUGUAGAGGACUGUGAAGAAAUGGAUCACAUUCUUUUGAUUGUAAAGUCUUUGCGCUAUUUUCACAGUGGUUGUGUUGAUGUUGUUGGAACGUUCUGGGGUCUUUCUCUGGCUUUUUAUGUACGGGUAUAUACACAUUUAUCAUACUCUUUCAGUUGUUUGUUUAGCUUUUUAUGUUAGCUGAGCGUUCACAGUGGUUGUGUGUACGUUUUUGGAACAUUGUGUUGUGUUCUCCAGGUAGUUGGUUGUGUGUACGUUGUUGUAAUGUUGCAGUGUUCUCCAGGUAGUUGGUUGUGUGUACGUUGUUGUAAUGUUGCAGUGUUCUCCUGGUAGUUAGUUGUGUAUACGUUGCAGUGUUGUGUUCCGGGUAGUUGGUUGUGUGUACGUUGUUGUAACAUUGUGGUGUUGUUGUCCAGAUAGUUGGUUGUGUGUAUGUUGUUGUAACAUUGUGGUGGUGUUCUUCAGAUCUCCAAGUGCCGGUGACGGAACCAGACAUCAACAACCGGCUGGAGUCUCUGUGCUUGAGUAUGACAGAGCAUGCCCUGGGAGGUAGGAGCACCACAACCAUCCAUGAACACACACACCAGUUAACACUGGACUUCUUAGUCAAUACACACAUGCACACACUACUGUAUCUACUGUACCACUUGGUUUAAUCGCACUCACACACACACAGAGAAACUUGCACGCUUGCUCUCUCUCUCACACACACACCCCCUUUGUCCUUAGAACAGCCUCAAUUCGUCGGGGCAUGUACUCUACAAGGUGUCGAAAGGGUGGUGGACAAUUCUUGAUACAUACGGGAAACUGUUGAGCAUGAAAAAUCCAGCAGCGUUGCAGUUCUUGUUACAAACGUGCCUGGCACCUACUACCAUACCCCGUUCAAAGGCACUUAAAUAUUUUGUCUUGCCCAUUCACCCUCUGAAUAAUCCUUAUUUGACCUGUCUGCUUCCCUUCAUCUGCACUGAUUGGAAGUGGAUUUAACAAGUGACAUCAAUAAGGGAUCAUAGUUUUCACCUGGUCAGCUUAUGUCAUGGAAAGAGCAGGUGUUCUUAAUGUUUUGUAUAAUCAAUGUAUACACAAUAUUUCAAAUAGUAUUUGAGCCAAUGUUUGGCUGUAGCCAGGGUGUGCCUCCAUAAUGAAUCCACACGUAGUGAGGGGAGGGUGUAGAGGAAGGGAGAUGGAUAAUCGCAGUAACCAUUCCCAUGUGAAGUGGAGUUUAGCUUUAAAUAAAGGGGCUGUUUUUUCUCUCUCUCCGGCCUUGCCAGCACAGAGGCAGAGACGGUGGCCCUCAGUGCUCGGCGCAGAGCUAGGGUGGACAAGUGAGCCUUUGUGUGGGUGGACACACACACACACACACAGGCCCAGAUCAGAGGUGGUUAGCUGAGGAGGGCCAGUCCCAGACUGGACCCUUCCUGUCUACUGUACCCCUCUGCCCCUCCUUUCUCUCUUUCUAUAACAUACUGAAUCCACAUAAUAGAAAUGACAACCGGAGUACUCAUUGUGAAUGGAAUACCCCCGCGCCCUUAUUUAUAAAUAGAGUAAAUAUUGUCCAAUAGAAAUCUCAGUCAUGCUCAAACACAGCAAUACAACGGCCAGCUCUAAAAAGACCAAACUCUCUCUUCUCUUUUGACCAAUUUGACAGAAAGCUGCCAAGUCAUUUCCCUAAUAUUGACAUGCUUCCAGACCUUACCCUUUUAUGCAGUUCUGUAGAUCUGAAAGGAUUGGAUAUCCAAUAUGGUGAACCUUUAAUCUAGCCUAUGACAGGGAAAGGUGGCGUUAUUAGCAUAUUGCUCACUUCAAUCCUUUUUCAGAUCUCCCAAAAUGCCCCAGGGGGUAAGGGUUAGGGGUUGGUGCAUUUUGAAACUGGGCCUAUAUAAGACUCUUAUGGAACCCUAUUCUGUUUAUAGUCCAUUACUUUUGACCAGUGCCAAUAGAGCUCUGGUAAAAGUUAUUGCACUAGAUAGGGAAUAGGGUGCCAUUUGGAAUGUCAUGAGACCCUCGACCACACACAGGAACUCCAGUAAUAGUAAAUCGUUCUAUAAAACCCCUUGUAUGUAAUGCACACUGGUCCAUAGGAUGCAUAACAAUACAUAGGAUUUAUUUAUACAUAGGAUUUAUAUAGCUAGUUUCUAAGGCCUGAAGACACCUACGAAAGUCCAUUUAACCCCCCCCCCCCCCAUUGCCUUCGGUUUCUGGCACUGCUGGUCACACACACACACUUGCCGUAGGGCUCUGGUCAAAGGUAGUGCACUAUGUAGGGAAUAGGAUGCCAUUUAGGACAUAACCCAGGUCCUCUCUGUUUGUCCAGACAGGCCAGAUGCAACAGUUGUUUUUUGGCUUUGAAACAUUCCAUCUGUAUUUUUCCAGUUGUGUUAUUCUUAUUCCUAUCUGAUGGUUUGUCCUAUGUCCCUCCCUUCUGUGUGUCUAGAUGGAGUCGACCGCACAUCCACCAUCUGAGAGUAGGACCUGAAGGAGACCCGGGGACAAAGAGCUGGAACAAAAAUGCUCGCCG